AUGUCUACUACUCCAAACCCCAAAGCAUUUCCAUUAGCUGAUUCUGGUCUCACUCAACAAAUUCUUGAUGUGGUACAACAAGCUCAAAAUCUCAGACAGCUGAAGAAGGGAGCUAACGAGACAACCAAGACUUUGAACAGAGGUAUUUCGGAAUUUAUCAUCAUGGCCGCAGAUACUGAGCCUAUUGAGAUUCUGUUGCAUUUGCCACUUCUUUGCGAGGAUAAGAAUGUUCCAUACGUUUUUGUUCCCUCAAAAACUGCUCUUGGUAGGGCCUGCGGUGUUUCUAGACCAGUCAUUGCUGCUUCGAUUACAACCAAUGAUGCUUCUGCUAUCAAAAACCAAAUCUAUGCCAUCAAGGAUAAGAUUGAAACCUUGUUAAUCUGA